AUGUUGAUGGCAUUGUUGGUUUUCAAUCAACCUGCACUUGUAGUUGGUAAAUUGUGUAGAAAUCCUAGUCAAGUGGAUGAAGAAUCAAAAGAAUUCAAUAAGGAAAAUCAAAAUACCAACUAUAAUACGAUGAGCGUUGAUCAUUCGACAAGUUCUGCUGCUAUUGUACCAAUUCAGGAAUAUGUGGACGAAUCUAAAUUGAAGAAUGUCAAGAAAAAUGGUGAAACACAUGGAAAGGAAACUGAUGAUGAAGAAAAUCAGAAGAAUGUAGAGAAAACGCAAGAAACACCUGUAAACGAAGCUAUGAGGGAAACUGAAUCAAUAGUAAUUAAGAAUUUGUAUUAUUUGGGAUAUAAUUGCAAUCAUUCCAAAUUGGAUGAGAAAAUUCAAACGAUUUUCAAGAUAAGUGAACUUAAAAAAAAGGUCAAAAUGAGACAAAUUGCUUUUGAACCAACAAGAAGUGCGAAAAAACUAAAUAGCGAACAUGCAAAUGGAGCUGAUAUAUUGCUAGUUAAAUAUGGUAUUUCUUCUGAUUUUCCAUAUAUAGCAAUUAAAGGAUUUGGAGAUUAUGAAAUUUCAAAUAAGGCAAAUGAAAUAUUAAGGCAAUCAUCUCAAUAA